AUGCUCAGCGAGCUGCCGCACCUGGCAGCUCCGCCAGCCGACGGUGCGAGCACGUCGUCAGCGCCGGCGCCCGACACACCCGCACCAGCAGCAGAAGCAGGCGUCGUGAUGGAGCCUGCCGCGGCGGAGGCGCCGCUACCUGCGCAUGCUGGCGAGCAGCCCGAGCCAGCGCAGCCGCUCUCUGCGGACACUGCCGACUCUGGCCUCGACGCUUUGCCGCAGGAGCAGACACUGGCGCAGUCGCAGCAGCAGCCGCCCGAGCUCGAGUCGUCGCUCGCUCAGCCAGCUGCUGAGCAUGUGCUGCCCGUCGCGAGCGCAGCAGAGCACACGGAAGCACCAGCAUAUCCAGCUCGUUCCGAGCAGCCAAUCGAGAGCGCCGCACCGGAACUUUCCGCGGCAGACACUGGCACUGCAUCCGCUUCGGCCGCACAGCAGCAGCCGACCGCAACGCCUGCUGAAGAGAUCGAGUCACCCGCAAGUGCUCCCGCGACUGCAGAAGCUGUCGAGCAAAUGCCGGCUGUGAUUGCCUCGUCGUCUGGGUCAUCUCAAAUCGACGGCACCGCCUCGGCUCCAGCGGCUGCUUCCGCAUCUGCCGUCGCAUCGAGCAGCACUCUCCCCGCUGUCGCUGCGCCCGUCGUGCAAGCGCGGCCCUCAGCUCUACGGCGUCCGCGCAGCACCACGGGCGACGAGCGCCAACAGACGGGCGCAGCUGCAGCUGCUCUCGACGAGAAGGAGCGCAACGAGGAGAGGAGAGAAGAUCGCAGGAAGAAGAUGCGCUUUGCAUCGCCAUUGGAGAGCCCGGGGCUCGUGCCGCCACUCGGGUGGAAAGGAGCAGAGGGAACGAUGGCAGGCGUGGAGACGGCGCAGGCAGAGCAGGCGCAGAGCGAGGACAGCAAGAUGCUGACUGAGGAGACGGCUACAAUCGGCGAGGCAGCGCACACGAACGGCAGCGCUGCGGCCGACGCGACGCCUGUCUCCGAUGCUGGCGGUGCGGGUGGAGAUGCACAGCCCUCGAGUGAUGCGCCUGCCAACGCCUCUUCUUCACUGCCCACGACCUCGACCUCUAGCUCUGGCAGCUCAGCUCCCGCUAUCCCGGCUGCCGCGCAGCUGACGCCAGAGCAGCUUGCACGCCUCGAAGCUGCGCGGCAGAAGCUCCUCGCGCUCGGUGCGAGCGUGGGUGCCUCCAGUGCUGGUGCCUCGAGUGCUUCGCCUCCGGCUUCUGCUUCACCUCCGCCGCGGCCUCCUCCUGGCGAACGGCGAGGCCCUCCAGCUGGGGAAGCUCACUCUCCCGGACGUGCUCUUCGUGCCGAAGGCCUUUCACGCAUGCUCCGACCUCCUGGCCCGCCGCCCGCACGUUCAGCUGCGUCGCCGCCAGCAGAGAAUAUGCGUCCAGGGCCGGGCAUCGUCAUUGCGCCACCAAAGCCGCAGACCUUCCCGUUCCACCGUGCACCACGGCCAUAUCUCGGCAAAGGCUCGCGUCCCAAGGUCGUCGAGCCUGAGCUGACGGCCGCGCAGCUCGCAUGGCAACGGGCGCAGCAUUCCACGUCUACGAGCGCAUCUGUGCCCGCUGCUGGAAGACCUUUGAGAAGGGAACGAGCGAAGGAGCGCAUCGAGGAGCACCCUUACUCGUACACGCGCCCUGCUCCGCCCGUCGCGCCGCCGGCACAUGCUCAGGCGUAUGCUUCACCAGCGCCGCCUCCACAGCAGCAUUCGCCGUACGCUCCUGCGGCGCAGGCAUAUGCUGCGCCGCCACCAGCCGCGCAAGGCUAUGCCCCAGCUGCCCCAGCUGCGCCAGCAUACAACGCCUACAACGCUCAGCCGUCGUCCGGCUACGCAGCGCCGCCCGCCACUCAGGCCGCGUACGCACCACCGCCCGCCGGAGGCUACGGCGUUGCUCCAGCAGCGUAUGCUCCGGCAGCGCCGCCGCCCGCACAGGGAUACGCGCCUCAGCCGCCGCCGCAUCAAGCACCGCCAGCGCAUGCACCUUACGGCUACAGCCCCGCGGCUGCCGCCCCUCCGCCGGUUCCGCAGCAGCAGCACUACGGCAACUACGGCGCGCCUCCUGCCGCAGCUGCACCGUACGCACCUCCGCCGCCUGCGCAUGGAGGAGCAGCUGGUGGAGCGCCGCCGCAGCGCAAGCGCUUCGACUACAGCGCCUACACUCGCUAG